AUGACGGGAUUGAUUACACAAAUUGUGGAAUUGAUUGGAAGUAAAAUUAAAAUAAAUUUUGAAUAUUUAUUUUUGUUUAGUCAACAUCGUUGGCAACUUUCUGAUUUUGAGAUUGGUCGGCCACUUGGAAAAGGAAAAUUUGGAAAUGUUUACUUAGCACGGGAUCGUUAUUUUCGAAUUCCUGUUGCACUUAAAGUUUCUUUUGAUGCUUUUUUAAAUAAUUAUAUUUUUGUCAGAUUCUCUUCAAGUCACAACUUGUUAAAGGAAAUACAUCCAAACAUUCUUCGCAUCCACAAUUUCUUUCAUGACGACAAGAAAGUUUAUCUUAUUUUGGAAUAUGCUGUUCACGGAGAACUUUUUAAAGAAUUGAACAGAUGCAAAAAAUUUAGCGAAUCUCGAACUGCUCGGUACAUUUUCCAAGUAGCUGACGCUCUCAAUUAUUGCCAUUCGAAGAAAAUCAUUCACAGAGAUAUCAAACCUGAAAAUAUUCUUCUCUGUGAUGAUGGGCAAAUUCGGAUUGCUGAUUUUGGCUGGGCCGUUGAUUAUUGGUCUGUUGGUGUUCUUUGUUAUGAAUUUCUUACUGGAAAACCGCCUUUUGAAACAGAAGAACAAAAGCACACUUACAAACGAAUAACUAACGUUGAAUAUGUUUUUCCGAGACAUGUUAGCAAAGGAGCGAUGGAUCUCAUCUCUCGGCUUCUUCGUAAAGAUCCAAAUCAACGAAUGACAUUUGAACAAUUACUUAAACAUCCUUGGAUUCUUGAAUAUUGUGGUCGUGCAAGCGAAGAUGUGCCUGAUAACGAAUUGGCUCCAAUGUCAAUAUUUAAUGAUGAUGAAUUACGGGAAACAAAAGUUGAAGAAAUUGAUUGAUUAUUUUAAGGAAUAUAAAUG